AUGCGUUAUACCUUUCUUUUGGGCCUCGGCUCCCUCGCCUUGGUCGCAGCUCUUCCCAUCGACGACGGCCAGAAGCCGAAGCCUCCAAGCUAUGGCGGCGAUGGUGGCAGCAGCGACAAUUCACCAGUUCCAGCACCAAGCUAUGACGGUGGCGGCGGGAUGCCUCCGAAGUCUGACAGUCCACCACCACAGCCUGAGACCAACUCCUCACCAUCAACGCCUGGAGAAAAGCCCAAAGAGCAGUCAUCGCUGAGCCCUCCGUCCAGCGGAUCCGGGGACAAAUCACCCGAGAUGGCAGCGCCACCUGUGCCCGAAUCAGGUCCUUCAGCUGGAACCCCUGGAGGCUCAACGACGGCUCCAACUCCUGAACAGCAAGCUCCACCACCAACGCCACAGUCUCCCGCUGGUGCAACAUCUGGACAACAAGGAGAAUUGCCUUGUCCUGAGGGUGAGGCCGCCUCUGGUGCCAAGCCAGAUGCUCAGAGUCCAUCUGGUCCAGCUUCUGGACAACCGAUGACACCAUCUUCUUCCGGCGGUAGCAGCUAUAGCGGUGGCGCUCCUCCGCCAUUACAGCAACUCUCUGGGGCAACUGAAGGUCAGGCCCCUCAAGGUGGAACGUCGCAAGGCGGUACGCCGCCGCCAACACAGCAACUCUCCGGAUCAGCUCAAGAACAAUCACCAUCAGGUGGAACGCCGCCGACAACACAGCAACUGUCCGGAUCAGCCCAAGAACAAUCGCCAUCAGGUGGAACGCCGCCGCCAACACAGCAACUGUCCGGAUCAGCUGAAGGACAAUCGCCAUCAGGUGGAAUGCCACUCGCUGGAGCAGGACCCGGACCAACCCUCGGCGAUACCGGCAGUCCUCAACAACUCCCUGGCGGCACGACCGCAGGCGGAUCUGGAUACACGCCACUCGCCGCAACUGGUGGUGGCCCAUCACCAGAAGGUGUCGCUUCUCCCGGACAAGGCACAUCACCUGGAACAGGUCUCCAGCCAGGCUCAGGUGCGCUUGGUGGAGCCGGAAUGGGUCAGCCGGCUGUGUCAGGAAUCAUGCCUGGCGGUACGUUGUCACAACUCAAGCUCGACCAUGUCGACACUGACCUAUUUGACAGGCGGAACCGGCGGCAGCGGAAUUGGUGGACCUGGAAUGGGUCCCGGUCCCGUCAUUGUAAGUCGUCUCUCACUGCCGUUGAUUUUACGCUGAAACGCGCUGAUAUCCUUCACAGCCUCAAGGCACGGCCGGCAGCGCUGGUGGCUCUCCUGGCGCCGGCAUUGCUUCCCCUGGCGUGGGAGGAUCUGGCAUCGGCGGUGGUACCACUGUAAGUCUAAUAUCUUCACCCGUUAUUCAUCCUCAUACUUACCUUCUCAGCCUCAGAGCGCGGGAGGAGCAGGAGGCUAUCCGCCCAUUACUGGUCCCCAAGGCGGAGGAGGCUACCCUCCUGUUAGUGAUCCUCAAGGCAGUGGAUCAGGCUACCCGCUGGUGACCGGUCCUCAGGGUGGAGCAGGCUACCCGACUGUUGCUGAUCCACAAGGCGGAGGAGGCUAUCCUCCUGUUACUGAUCCUCAAGGCGGUGGAGGCUACUCUCCUGUUCCUGUUACUGAUCCUCAAGGUGGCGGAGGAGGCUACCCGCCUGUUACGAGUCCUCAAGGCGGUGGAGGAGGCUACCCGCCCAUUACUGAUCCUCAAAGCGGCGGAGGAGGCUACCCGCCUGCUACUAGUCCUCAAGGCGGUGGAGGAGGCUACCCGCUAAUUACUGACCCUCAAAGCGGCGGAGGAGGCUACCUGCCAAUUACUGACCCUCAAAGCGGCGGAGGAGGCUAUCCACCAAUGUCAGGCGGCAGCCAGGCUGGUGGUUCUGGCUACUAA